AUGAAAAACUCCCCGGAAGCCCGUUCCAAUCUAAUCGACGGUUCCCCUCACUCACGACAUUCCAGUCGCACUCGUCCAACGACAUGCAGAUUGACGCAGUCGUUCGAGGCCCGUUAUCCACUCAAGAAAGGAAGCGCCAACGUCAGCUCGGCUUAUGUUUAUAUUGUGGCCAGCCAGGUCACCGAGCUCAUGACUGCCCUAGCAGAAGUCCUAAUAGAAGAACGACUCCAGGUUCCAGAUCCGUCGUUCGCCAAACCAACACCUUUGCCUCUUGAAAACAACCUAUUCCAAAAACUGCAUAGAUCCCCGUCCUUAUCUUCCUCUACAUCAGCUCAGCCGUCUGUUCUGUCUCAAUCGCAAAACUCGCCUAGUACAGACAAGAAGAUUGCGUCCAACCAUACUCUUGUACCAUCAGUCAUUGGUUCAUAUGAAACACCCAGCACUGAACAAAAAUGUACCGAGUUAAAAUUUGAAUAUAACCCUCAAUUGAUGAGCCGUCCGUCUGAAAUGCUUUGUCCUCAAACCGCAGAAUCACAAACUUUAGGGUCACUCGAUGCUGGUUACCACCAACAAUGUACCUCAAUUACCCCGCCCUUUUCAUAUAAUCACGCUGGGAAAACCAUAAAUAUGCCUCCUAGCUUCUCAAGCCAUCCAACGUGUGAGGAUCACAGCCAUGAGGACCUUAGAUUAAUUACCUUGCGGUUACACAACACCCUAAGGACUGAUAUUAACCUCCUUAUGACCGAUCGAAUCCCUAAGGACUCAUGUUGA